UAAGCAAAUACAGGAACCAAAAGGGUUAUAGAGGCUGCUUCACGCUGUCUCACUCAGUUCCUUUGCGGUCCUCUUCUUCAGCCCAUGCCACAGCAGUUCCUCACAACCUGUGGGACCAGAGCAUCUUGGGUGUGUGACAAUGGAAGAGUUGGAUGCCUUAUUGGAGGAACUGGAGCACUCCACCCUCCAGGACAGUGAUGAACCCUCCAGCCCAGCUCCUCUUCCCCUAGAUCAGCGCUCCAGAAAGGACAGUGACCUCGCUGAGACUUCGGAGACCAUUGUUCAGAAUGAUACACGUUCCUUGCCGGUACAGCUCGUGUAUACGACCCAUAUCCAGGAGCCCAAUAUCUACAGUAAGGUCCAAGAGCCAGAGGAAGCCUCACAUCCCCCUAAAACCUCAGCAGCUGCUCAGCUGGAUGAACUCAUGGCCCACCUGUGUGAGAUGCAGACCCAGGUUGCAGUGAAAGCAGAUGCCAGCAAGAAACACCCAGCGAAUAAGCAGGAUCCCAAGGCCUCCCUGGACUCAAUGCUGGGGGAUUUGGAGCAGGAUCUGCAGGACCUUGGAGUUGCCACAGUGUCCAAGGGCCACUGUGCUUCCUGUCGGAAACCGAUUGCUGGGAAGGUGAUCCAUGCUCUAGGGCAAGUGUGGCAUCCAGAGCACUUUGUCUGCACUCACUGCAAGGAAGAGAUUGGCCCCCAGCCCUUCUUUGAGCGGAGUGGCUUGGCCUACUGCUCCAAGGACUACCACGAUCUCUUUUCCCCACGUUGUGCUUACUGUGCUGCUCCCAUCCUGGAUAAAGUGCUGACAGCAAUGAACCAAACCUGGCACCCAGAACACUUCUUCUGCUUUCACUGCGGAGAGGUGUUUGGUGCGGAAGGCUUUCAUGAGAAGGACAAGAAGCCAUACUGCCAGAAGGAUUUCUUAGCCAUGUUCUCACCCAAGUGUGGUGGCUGCAACCGCCCAGUGUUGGAAAACUACCUCUCAGCCAUGGACACCGUCUGGCACCCGGAAUGCUUUGUGUGUGGGGACUGCUUCAGCAGUUUCUCUUCCGGCUCCUUCUUUGAACUGGACGGACGUCCGUAUUGUGAGCUCCAUUACCAUCAGCGCCGGGGAACACUCUGCCACGGGUGCGGACAGCCCAUCACCGGCCGCUGCAUCAGUGCCAUGGGCCACAAGUUCCAUCCCGAGCACUUCGUCUGUGCCUUCUGCCUGACACAGCUGUCAAAGGGCAUCUUCAGGGAGCAGGAUGACAAGACCUAUUGUCAGGCCUGCUUCACGAAACUCUUCCCACUGUAAUCUCAGCUGAACCCACAGUCUCCGCAGAUCCCCUACAAAAUUUAAACCAGGAGGGGAAGGAGUAUACUUUGUUGUUACUGCUCUUCAGCUCAGUGGGCAUAUAGGGGAAGUAAAGGUGAUGAACUUCUAGUUGUUACAUGCCUAGGCUUGUAAUCUUAGGUUUUACAUUUCUAGUCUUAUUUUUUUUCCUUAAUCAAGUAUCUGGGUUUAGAUCUAGGUCCUGCUUCUAGAACCUCUGCAGCUGCGUCUUCCACAGGUGCACAUUCAUUCCACCACCAGUUUUCUCAGCUUUCUCCCGUUUUCACUCCUGCCUUGGCCCUCGUCACUGGGCCUUUUCACGCCUCCCUCAUUUCCCCUUGACUCACUUUCCCAUGACCAAUGCAUUAUCCUCGCUGUCAGGAGUCCUGAGGCCCCUCUGAAGCCCUCUGCAUCUCUAUUCAGUGUACUUCUUCUCUAUUUCAAGAGGAAAUAGAUUUUAACUGGACUACUUUGAGUACUGACAUCAUUGAUAAAUAAAACAGCUUUUAGUUUUAACGUCUUACUGUUGUGUUUGGAGAUAAACUGCUUCCUGUGUUAUAUACUCAACACUCUGCCGUUAAAUCCAUAUCCUAUCUCUUGUUUACUUCCAUACAAUAGGCACUUUUUCUUAAUCAAAAGAAAUUGAAUGGAGGGACUCCUGUUCACUAACUUUUCUCUUAGUUUGGGCCCAUAACAUACAUUUUAUUUUAUUUUUUGCACUGACAUGAUUGAAUCAUCUUAAAAGGUGGCAAAGCCCCUUAAAAUUGUUUUCAUCACUUUGUUUACCCAAAGUGAAAAAUCAGAUCUCUGC